CUUUCUUCCCUUUCCCUAAAUAGUCUUAUAUAUUUAACGAAUCCAAAAGUGGUGCCAGUUUCACCAAACAAGGAGUAGAUGAGCCUGUUCAACUGAGAACAAAGCAAAAAAUCAUGGUUCAUUAAACUCACUCCAUUAAGAAACAGUGAGAUUGUCUCCCGAGGUAUUUCCAGUUUAUAAAUCUCAAUUUCUCUUUAAAGGGUUUGAUUGUUCCACUUAUAGCAAAUUUAAACGUUAUGGCAUCAACUCAUACGAGUUCUCACACAGAAGCAGCCAAAAUGGAACAAGUUAUCACUGAAUUCUUCUAUGAGAGUCUUUUUAUAAUUCUUGAAUCGAGGUCUCCUUUUGUGUCAUCGCGUAAUUAUAGCGGGGAACAAACUGUGUCGUCUCCAUCUUCAUCCUCAUCCUCUUCAUCUAGUGUGAGACCAAGAGAUAAAUGGUUCAAUUUAGCUCUUAGGGAGUGCCCUUCAGCGCUAGAAAAUCUUGACCUUUGUCGGCAGAGUAAUUUUGAGUCUGUAGUUGUUGAUGUUAUAUUGGAGCAGAAGCCUCUUGAUUGGGGACCUGCAAGUUUUUCUCCCAAGAGGGAUCUUUUUGGGAAUUUGUCUUCUAAAGAUAAGAAUUCGCUUUUCUGGAAUUCUGAUCAAGAAGAAUCAGGCAGGGAGAUAAAAAGUGAAAAGAUUAUAGAAAGAUGGUUGGUGCUGCACGAAAGUAGAAAGGGUCGGGAUUGUAAUUUAGGGAAUAGAAGGUCAAGUUGUUAUAGUUUGAGUGCAUUAUAUAAGAAAUUGAUAUUGUUGUGGAGGUCCUUAUAUGUGACUGUGAGGCUUUUACCUGCUUACAACAUUUUUCGUGAUCUCAAUUCAUCUGGUCAAAUCUGUGCCUUUAAGCUUGUUCCUAGGGUAUACUCUUUUGUUGAACCCUUGACUCGUAAAGAAGAGGUUGAUAUGCAGCGAUUUUGGUUUACCCCUGUGGACACAUCUUGCGGUAGGCUUUGUGUUUCUGUUUUGUACUAUUCAUCAAUCUCAGAUACAAGCUCAGAAUCGUCAACCCCUAUGUCCCCUCAAUUUAUACCAAAUUAUGUUGGAAGCCCAUUGGCAGACCCAUUGAGGAGAUUUCCAUCACUUCCUAUUUCACAUGGCUCUCCAUCAUCUUUACCAUUUUCAAGAAGGCAUGGUUGGAGUUAUGACCAUUACAAGGCUUCACCACCUUUGGUUUCUUUCUCACCAUCACCAACACAUUCGGAGUCACACGCUUUGGUUAUGAACUUAGAUGAGUAUUGUCCUUCCCCCAAUUUCUCUGCUUCCCCUUCCCCAUCACCAUCACUCCCCAUCCACAUACCCAGAUCUCAUUUAUCAGAAGCUCUUUUACGCCCUGAAAGUGCUCCUGUUGACAUACCGGGUCCUAAGGUUGCUAAUUCCCCUGCAUUGUCUGACAAGCACAAGUUGCCACCAUCACCUCCCCUUAAAAUUACAAGAACUGGUACUUCUAGGACCGAUAAUUUUAGGGUACCUGCUAAAACUGGUGCAACAAUUGAGAAGCUGUUCUCUUUUGAGAAAGAAGACCGUCGAAAAUAUUCUGGAGUGAAGAUAUCUUCCUGCGGUUCACCACGAAUUUCAUGUUCUAGAAGUUCCAGUAGGUCUUUUCAAGAUGAUUUUGAUGACUCUGAGUUUCCUUGCCCAUUUGAUGUGGAGGAUGAUGAAAUGACGAAUCCUGGUAGCAGAGUUGAGUCUUACGAUAAAAGAGAGCAUCCAUCCGAUAUAAAUGAAGCUGGGUUGUUCGUGAAUAGAAAAUCCCAAGAUGCUGCAGUUGGUGCUCUUGUCCGUAUGCUGAAAAAAGCCCCUCCUCUCUGCCAGGACAUCUCCCUUAAUUUUUCAGAAGCCUCAAGGCCAGAAAUGUGGAGCAACAGCAUCCAAAAGCAGAGUCAGAUCUCAGAAGCUGCGACUGUUGAACAUGCUGCUGCUUUGAGCAGUGCAUCUUCGAGGCUUGUUGCAUCAAAGACAGCUGCUGAUGCAUUAGAGGAACUUCGGGGUUACAAAGUGAUGAAAAACCUGUUGCUUAGUGAAGGGGGUAAGGCUUACACAUCUGCAAAUGUAUAAGCUAUAUAUUGAGAGAGAGAGACACAGCAAUAUAUAUCUCUAUGCUUAGCUUAUUUGAAUUUCAGGUGCAAUGUGUAUGCUUAGUGCUCUGCUCCAAGCUAGGAAGUGCAAUUGCCUAUCAGAUUUUAAAAAUA